AUGUCUUGCAACACUUCUCGCCACGACUGCCUCCAUUACCGCCCCGGAAAAGCAGAGGAGAUUGAGCAAUGGAAGGGUAUCAUGAACAUCGGUGAGGAAAUUCCGAACUCCAAGAUCUCUUUCUCGUACCUUUGCAACACAUCUUCGUCGGCUAAUUUGGUGGUAAUUAUGAAUACCGAGUUGGAAAAUCCAACUGGGAAAAGUACCAGGACAGCUAAUUCAACUCUAAAUUUGCCUCCAGGGCCAUGGAGGCUUCCUGUCAUAGGAAAUCUGCACCUUCUUAUCGAUUCUCUACCGCAUCGUCGCCUAAGAGAGUUGGCCAAAACAUAUGGACCCCUUAUGCAUCUACAGAUCGGAGAACUUUCUAAUGUUGUCGUUGCUUCGCCUGAGAUUGCACGAGAAAUUAUGAAAACUCAUGAUGUUAACUUCUCUCAAAGGCCAUUUCUUGUGGCAGCAAGUAUCUGUGGUUCUAUAGAUAUCGCCUUUGCGCCUUAUGGAGACUAUUGGAGACGCCUUAGGCUAAUUUGCGCGCAAGAAUUGCUGAGUCCCGGGCGUGUUCAAUCCUUCAAGGCAAUCAGGAAAGAAGAGGUAUCCAAUAUACUUGGGUAUUUGUAUUCAAGCGCAGGCUCGCCAAUCAAUCUCGGGGAAAAAAUACUUUCCUUGACUUAUGCCAUCACAGCAAAGGCAGCUUUCAGUAAGAAAUGCAAAGAUCAAGAGGCAUUCGUGUCAUCUGUUGAGGAAGAAUAUCGAGAAGACAUGGCGGCGACAGUGACUGACAAGUGUAAAGCAAAUAGUAUAUUGGAAGUCCUUUUGAAUCUUCAAGAAAGUGGAUACUUUGCUCCUUCCUUUGACAAUAGAAACAUCAAAGCAAUAAUCCUGGACAUAUUCGUUGUUGGGAGUGACACAACCAUGGAGUGGGCAAUGCUCAAGAUGUUGAAAAACCCGAGAGUGAUGGAAAAAGCACAAGCUGAGUACCUGAAAUGUCUUGAUGGCUGGUUUAUUGAGAAUCUUGAGCUGCCUCUCUAUCUCAAGGUCACUGAGAUUACCAAAGACAUAAUUGAAACUGAAAGCCAACACACAGAAAAUGAGAAAGCAUCUUCAUUACAGGUGAAAUCAUGA